UCCGGAAGGGGCGGGCUUUGUGAAGAUGGCGGCGCCGGAGGUGCUGGAGUCAGACCUGCCAAAUGCCGUAGCACUUUUGAAAAACCUCCAGGACCAGGUGAUGGCUGUCACUGCACAGGUGCAAGCUCUGACCAAAAAAGUUCAAGCUAAAGCCUAUCCUACAGAGAAGGGUCUCAGCCUUUUGGAAGUGAAAGAUCAGCUGUUGUUAAUGUACCUUAUGGAUCUGAGCCAUCUCAUUCUGGACAAAGCCUCAGGAGGGUCUCUUCAGGGACAUCCUGCAGUUUUGAGACUGGUGGAGAUUCGCACGGUUUUGGAAAAGCUUCGUCCUUUGGACCAAAAACUGAAGUAUCAAAUUGACAAACUGGUGAAGACGGCAGUGACAGGCAGCCUCAGUGAGAGUGACCCACUCCGUUUUAAGCCUCAUCCCAGCAAUAUGAUGAGCAAGUUGAGCUCUGAGGAUGAGGAGGAAGAUGAAGCAGAGGAAGGCCAGUCUGGGGCUUCAGGGAAGAAAUCUGGAAAAGGGACAGCUAAGAAAUAUGUUCCACCACGCUUGGUUCCAGUGCAUUACGAUGAAACAGAAGCUGAGCGGGAGAAGAAGCGCCUAGAACGAGCCAAGAGACGGGCAUUGAGCAGUUCUGUCAUUCGUGAACUAAAGGAACAGUACUCAGAUGCUCCGGAGGAAAUCCGUGAUGCUCGGCAUCCUCAUGUUACUCGACAGAGCCAGGAGGAUCAGCACAGGAUUAACUAUGAGGAGAGCAUGAUGGUGCGUUUAAGUGUCAGUAAGCGGGAGAAAGGACGGCGAAAACGAGCAAAUGUCAUGAGCUCACAAAUUCAUUCCCUCACGCACUUCAGUGACAUCAGUGCUUUGACAGGAGGAACCCCUCAUCUUGAUGAGGAUCAGAAUUCUACUAAGAAGCGGAAGAAGAUACCUAAGAAAGGUCAGAAGAAAAAAGGUGUGGGGAGUGGAGCGACAGACGGAGAGAGGCGUGAGGACACAAAGGAGGAAACACGCCAUUGCCAAGACCCCAAGGAAGGAGGAUGGAGAGGCUGGCAGUCCUGCCUGGCCCCCAGCCAGUUUCCUGCUAAAGAUGGCCAGAUCCCCUUGCCUGGAAUUUCUCUAUGGCUUCCCAAUUCGAGGUGGACAGAUUUCCCUGUCUUUGAAAUCCACCUCUGGAAGAGAGACCACGGAUCAGCAAUGAGCCCUGCCUGGUAAGAGAGGAAGGCCCCUAGGAGCGGAACCCCAGCAUCUGUGGUGACACAGACCAGCCCUACACCUCCAGACGCAGUGCCAUCAGCAGUCCUGCUAAACUGGACCUUGGGCCUCCAUGUGGAAGAACUCCUAGCAGGUUGGGCUUUCCUUGCUUCCUGGGUGGCCAGAGGCUGUGAGUCAGUGACUAGGAAGAUACUCGGGUAGAAGAAUUGGUGGCUCUGGGUGAUGUCAGGGGAGGCUGGACAGCUCAGAUGGGGGUAGGACCUGCUCAGAGGGGAGUAAUGCCAUUGCCCGGCCUGGGGUCUCUCUUACUUCAGCACCUCUGGAAGUGGAUGCAGCUUCAGAAGAAGCAAGGUGGUUUCCACAGCAGAGGAGAAAACAGGGAGGCACUCAGUCAAGGGUGAUGCUUGUAACACUUCUCCUGUUGAAGAAUAGGCACCAUAAGCAGAAGACAUAGUCAGAUUUCCAAAUGUCAGGGUAAUGAGGAGGAUAAUCUGGGGGUGAAGCUAGUCCCCUGUGGCAGCCCCAGCCGUAGCAGGGUUAGGCCUUGGGUGCUGGAGAGUUGGGGGCAGGUCGCAGAUGUAGACAGGGCUGAGCGAUCUAAAUAAGUGCUUCUCAGACUCCAGAAAGCACUGAAUCACUUCAAGAGUUUCUGAUUCAGUCGGUCUGAGGUGUGGUCCAGGAAUGUGCAUUUUGAACAAGUUCUCAGGUGACCAUUGAUGCAGGUGGGCAAAACUUUGAGAAACACUGUUCUAAGAGAUGGCAGUCACCUUGUAGGACAGUUAUUCAGGUCUGGAUUUCCCACGCCUUUUACAUCUUUCUUCAUCCCCCCCAACCAUAUGAAUGUCUAUGCGGUCAUGCAUGGGAUAUAUGUGUUGGGGGGUGUGGGGAUGUGUGUUUUUAGGUGGGGGCAGCAGGAGGAAAAGGAGAGAUUGUGAGGUCAAAGCAGGCAGAUUUAACUUGUUAGAACUAUGCUUCUCACUGGCAGGAGUUAUCACAGAAGAACCCCUUACGGGACACUUUCGGCCUCCAGGUUCUGAUGGAUGGCUGCCCUGUUUCUGAAACCAGACCACUGAGAACCCCUAGGUUAGGAGCGUCGUCGGGAGAUUGCUCUCUGCGGUCCGGUCAGAUGGGUGUGGAUUCUGUGGCUCGGUACAGGAUGGGUCCUGGUUACACUUCUCUCUGGAGGCAGGUCAGGGUCCCGGGGAGUGGAAGCAGGGGUCGGCAGAGUCCAGGGCCUGGCCUGCUGCUGAUGCUUAGUGAGUUGCUGCCGGUGCUGCUGUUUGAGCACUGGGCGGGGCUCUCCAGGAGCGAGCCCAGCGGAGGCCAGGCCAGUUGAGAAGACAUGCUGCAGGUUGGGAUAUCAGGGAGGGACUGUGGAUGUGGGGCAGUGCUGAGCUCCUGCUGAUGACUUGUUCCAGUCUUUUAGCCACUGUUUGUUUAAGAGUGUGUGUAUGGCUGGGGAGAAGUAUGAGUCCAUCCUGGUCACCUUUCCCCCAUCACUUUCUUUCUGGUCCACCUGUAAUCAACCUGCUUCCCCACUAGCCUCUAGCCAGACACCUCUCCACGACUGGAAGCUGCAAGAAACAUGAGGCUCAGACUACUGGCAGGGAAUAAUGCCAUUGACCCCUUGUCUCUCCUUUGUCUGAAGGCUGUGGGGAUUCUCUAUAUGAAGGAGAAUGAUGGGGUGGGUGGGUCCUCACUCAAUUUUAUGUUCUUCUGGGAGUUUGUCUUUCCCCGGGAGGCUUUCCCUGGGGAUCGAUCACUUCCCGUCUUUCCCCAGAUUUAACGAGUCCUGGCCUAGGUCUUCUACGAACAUCCUCUCUGGCUUUUUUUUUCAUCUCAUCUUUUCACAAUUGUAUCCACGCUGUAAUGCUGUAAACCCCUGAGGAUGGGCCUGUAGCCUUUCUUAUUGUAGCCAGAACUUCGUUGGAAUUGGGACAUUUCUUCCUUACUCAAUUCACUGAGAAUGACAUCCUCAGGGCUUACAGGUUUCUCAUUAGUUGCUCCCCAAUACCUGGCCCUUCAUGUAACACAGGGUCCCAGCACAGUUUAUCCCUGUGUUUCAUAUAAAUUUUCCUCAGAGUUUCUUCCUGGUUUCUCUUCUACCUCCCUCCCCUCCCUAGCCAGGCUCUUCUGUCCCCCAGAUUACAGGGUUCCUGGUAAGGACAGCUACUCAGUCAGCUCCAGUCCACGACUGUGAAUGUACAUGGUGUCUCCACACCAGAGGAAUUUAAGGUCCUUUCCCAUGGAUUAAUGGUCAACAUUUGGUCACCCUUCUUGACACUGGUUACAUUUCUCUGUUUAUAAGCUUUUCCUACUUCCUGUUGUGUGAAGAAAAUUACUACGUAUUGGAGGGUGUUUUUACUUAACGGGAGUGUAGUUGAUGACUCUGGGGCACGGCCCUUGUGCCUGUAUGCCCGUGGGGCCCGUUCUUUCUGGCAUUUGUGUGUGUCCGUGUAGCUCUCUCUAUACAUGGUUCUGCUGCUGUUUCCGACGGUGUGCUUGCUUGCUUCUUUGGUGCAGUCGUAUACACAGAGCUCUGUAUUUCAGAUGUGAGUAUCUAUACAGGGAUGAAUGAUUAGAGGAGCGAAUGUGUCUACUCCAGGGGCUA